GUAUUUAUUGUUCCGGCUGCAGAGGGCGGGCAGCCUGUGGGAUUGUUCUAGGGAACCAGCGCUGAGUCCUCUCCACCAUGUCGCCCAAGAAAGCCAAGAAGAGACUAGAGGGAGCCAACUCCAACGUGUUCUCCAUGUUCGAGCAGACCCAGAUUCAGGAGUUUAAGGAGGCCUUCACCAUCAUGGACCAGAACAGGGACGGCUUCAUCGACAAGAACGACCUGAGGGACACCUUCGCCGCUCUCGGGCGUAUGAACGUGCAGAAUGAUGAAAUCGACGCCAUGAUAAAGGAAGCGCCAGGCCCCAUCAACUUCACCGUGUUCCUGACAAUGUUCGGGGAGAAGCUGAAGGGGGCAGACCCCGAGGAGACCAUUCUCAACGCGUUCAAAGUGUUUGACCCCGAAGGCAAGGGCGUGCUCAAGGCCGAUUAUGUUAAGGAGAUGCUGACCACACAGGCGGAGAGAUUCUCCAAGGAGGAGAUCGACCAGAUGUUUGCCGCCUUCCCGCCUGAUGUGACUGGCAACUUGGACUAUAAGAACCUGGUGCACAUCAUCACCCACGGAGAAGAAAAGGACUAAAGGGAGGGGCUCGCUGCUGGGCCUGGGCCUGUCUCUGUGGGCAGGGCGGUCCCUGCUGUCCUCGCCCUCGGCCCAGAACGGCCGCCAUCCCUGCCCCUGGCCUCUGAGCCUUCUGGCUGCCUCACACAUCUACCUCCACCUUCCGUGCAGCCUGGGCGGCUCCGCAGUGCCAGGAGGCCACACACACUCUGCAGGUGGAAAGCCACGCAGGGGCCUCUUCAAAUAAACCAGAGGUCGUGUAUCUGUUCA